GAUUCUUGGACUCCCGUUGCACUCUACACGAUCCGGCCAUCUCACGUGUCAAAUGAGCUAACGGCUAGUUCGCCCACUUUCUACAGAACAAGAUAUCCACCAAGAUUCAAGAAAUCCAGCUGUGGUCGGCGCCAAAGCUCUCCUUUGGACCGUUCGAUCAACAUUACGAAAGAGUUUCCUUUGGCCGAAAAAAUAAAAAAAUAAAAAACCCUAAAAGGGAUCUUUAUUUUCUUUCUAAGUUCCAACCUGGGAGACCGUUGCAAAUACCCCCAUAAACCCCGACCCACAGCUUUGCUUCAGUCUCAUUCCACACUCGAUCAUGACCGUCGCCGCGGUUGCUACAACCCACACCAGGAAGCUCAUGAAGCUCGGUCUCUCUCUUUUCCGCAGGGGCUUCAAUGCCUCCAAAUGUAAAACAGCGGCGAAAAUGGCGGUGGCUAGGAUAAAGCUGCUGAGGAAUAAGAGAGAGGUGGUCGUGAAGCAAAUGAGGCGUGACGUUGCCUUGCUCCUCCAAUCUGGUCAAGACGCCACCGCUCGUAUCCGGGUCGAGCAUGUCAUUCGUGAACAGAAUGUCUUGGCUGCCAAUGAGUUCCUUGAGCUAUUUUGUGAUUUAGUUGUGGCUAGACUUUCAAUCAUUGCGAAGCAAAGAGAAUGCCCAGCUGAUCUAAAAGAAGGGAUUUCUAGUUUAAUUUUUGCAGCCCUAAGGUGCUCGGAAAUUCCAGAACUGGUAGCACUUAGGGACAUCUUUGAGAAGAAAUAUGGAAGAGAUUUUGUAUCUGCAGCUGCUGAUCUAAGACCCAACUGUGGUGUGAACCGUAUGCUUAUUGACAAGCUGUCUGUUAGAACCCCUAGUGGCGAAGUGAAAUUGAAAAUCAUGAAAGAAAUAGCCAAGGAAUACCAGAUUGACUGGGACACAACAGAAACUGAAAAGGAACUUCUCAAGCCUGCAGAAAAGCUUAUAGAAGGACCAAAAGCUUUUGUUAGUGCUGCCAGCUUACCUGUGAAGCCAGUGCCAAUCCAGCCACCUGUUGAGGUUAAUACGCCAACUACUAGGAGAAUGAGUGGCGGAGAAAGGGGCAAUAUGCAUUUUGUAGACUCAGCAUCAGCUGCUGAAGCAGCUGCAAAAUGUGCUGAUGAUGCAAUUGCUGCCGCACAAGCUGCUGCCUAUUGGGCUAACAAAGACGUGAAUCAGACAUCUCCUCAUGCACCACCCUGUUUUAGUGACAAAUUCAGUACUUCAAACGUCAAUUUUGGAUAUGAAGACCAUUCUAGUGGCUCCAGGACUGGUCCAUUCAUGCCAGAUGGUCCACCAGUUGACUUCCAGACUAAGGAUCAUCAAUCUAAAGCUCCAGAAAGGACAUAUGAAUUGCAGAGUUUUGAUAGGUCUCAUUAUGCACGCAAUGGGGAGACAGUUGAUUUAGGUGACGGAAAAUUUUACAGGAGACACAGCGACAAUGUCCAAUCUUCACAUUCUGAUAUAAAGUUUGAUGAGUCAGAUUGUGAUGAAGAAAUAGAAAUGGAGACACCUCCCGUUGGCUUUUGUCCACAACCUGAAAGGAAUCUGCCUCCAUUACCAUCUUCUGAUGCUAAGAAUGAUCCAUCCAUUCGUGUUCAUCCGAAACUGCCAGAUUAUGAUGCACUUGCUGCACGUUUUGAAGCUCUCAAGCAUCGAAAAUCAUGAACCUAGCAAAAAUUGGAUCCUUUGUGCAUCAUGGUGGUGGAUUGUCUGCUAAUCGGUUUAAAGCCAAAAAAUAUCACAAAUUACGAAGCUUGAAGUUUUGAAUGUUUUGUAUAAAUCUUGUUGGCCUGUUUGAUUCAGAUGAACACGGUGAGAGAGUAUUGUUUUAUGUAGUGUUGCAUGAAACAUAUAUAGUAAAUAUGUUAUUUUGUCUAGUUUACCAUGGGAAAAUACAGGGUGUGAUUCAACAAUAGAAAACCAAACCUGAAUGAAGAAAUAGAGUGAUUUUGGGUAUGAGUACGACUAUUUUGGUUGCUUCUGGAUUUGGGUGUACACUUUUGACUUCUGAAGAUAGAAGACUUUUUUCAAGCCCACGGCGUUGGAAAUUAUAUCUUGUUCAGCAUUUUAGUUGGAUUAUUUCGGGGGUCAAACUUGGAACUCAGUUUCAAAUAUGUAUGUAUCUAUAUGAUAUAUAUAUACAUAUUUCUAUA